AUGGAUUUGAAGCACCUCACGCCAGAGGAAUUGAACUUUGAACUGAUGGUGAGAACAGUGAAAGGAUUGAGAGGACAGGAUUAUAAGGGAAAGAUGUCAAGGUUAUUUGAAUUGCUGAGCAAAGAAGAUACUGAAGGAACACCUGCACCCACAUCAUCAACACACGUUUUGCCAGAUGUUGACAGUAUAUAUCAAUGCCAAGCGAAGUUGCCUCCAAUUCUACAGGCUGUGGAAUCCGCUCUACGACAAAAGGAUGAGCUCCAAGCGAAAAUAUGUAGAUCCAGACUGAUGCACUAUAAAUUCAGGCUAUCCAUCAUAUCGGACCCAAUGAUAACUUCCAGCGCUAUGAAGACGCUGACCAAGAUUGACAGCACUCUGGAUAAACUCAAUGAGUUUCUAGCCAACUUGAUAGGUGAAAUUGCGGAAGAAAAAGAACUUAGAAAGAACCCCGACGAGAUACCGGGAGAUACGGACACGCAGCAGAGACUAAAGAUCACGCAGCUACAAUCAAGUUUGAAGGAAUCGUCUCAUCAUCAACAGCUGCUAGAGCAGGAGUCCCAACAACAACUAUAUCAGCAAGAAAUGCAGCAGCAGAAAGUACAGCCGAUGUCGGAAGAAGCGUAUGAACAGCGGCAGUAUCAACAAAUACAGGAACCACAAGCCGCAGCACAUUUGCAUCAGCAACAGCUGCACAAUGAACAACAGUUCAAACUACAACAACAAAGACACGAACAACAACUGCAACAAGCACUGCAUCAGAUGCAGCAACAACAUCAGCGUUUAGAACAACAACUACAUCAAGAACAAGUUAGACGGCAGGGAAUCGAGCAACAGCACCAAUUAAACCAACGUAUUCCUGUAGCGGGGCUCCGAAGCAACAAUGCAAUCUCAUCACAUUGGGACCCACAUCAACAAAAUCAUCCUAGUUUCCUACAACAGGUCCCAGAAAUGGACAAUAUUCCACCUCAUUUGCGGGAUGACUUCCUACGGUUCCUAACAUCUCGAAAUAGGCCUAGUACACCGAGAACAUCAAUUCAACACUCAAUUGCAAACAGGUUCACACAACCAGUGCACAAAUGGCCAUUCGAAUACGCUGGUCAAUCGAACAUCAUCCAGUUGGGAGAGUUCCUGAAUCAAGUUAAUACCUAUGCAGAUAUGGAAGGGAUGGAUGAGCAAACUCUGCUACGAUCCAUCAAGUAUUUGCUCAAGGGAUGAGCGCUCCAGUGGUACACUCGAUCGUACCUCACUCUUACAACUUGGGAAAUAUUCAAGACGGAGAUCAAGCAAGAAUUCUUAUCCCCUAAUUAUUCCGAAAUCGUAAAGCAAGACCUAUACCUGCGCUUCCAAGGGCCAAACGAGUCAUUCACCAGCUUUUACCGUGACUUAGUAGCUGCUUUCGAGAUUGUUGAACCUGCGAUUUCGGAAUCUGAAAAACUGUUUAUUAUUAAGUCCCACUUGAACUCCGACUUCUCACCAAUUGCUGCGGCUUCAAGGGCGUGCAAAGUUCGCGAUUUGGUCGCUGUUUGCAAGGACUUCGAAGUUUCCAGAUCCUACUCAUCUCGAGGUCGUACUUCUACCACAUUUCGCACCGUGUGGACCAAACCUGAGUCCUCGGGUUUCCAACGUCCCACAACCGGCAGGAUGGACACGGCAAAUCGGCCAAUGUUCAACAGACAGCCAUACAACACAGCUCAGGUCCACGCGAUGGAGUUGAACCAAGACAUUGAUGAAGAGUUGGACUCAGCAGACAUCCAGGGACGAGAAGCUUUCCAGCAGGACAUGGCGUUCAGGAACGAAACGGCAGCUAAUACCGCCCAAGAGGUUAACGCUGUCCGAGGACUAAAUAACUGGAGAGAAGAAUCGUCAUCCAAUACGAGAGAUCAUCUCGUCAGGGAAAACAACAUAAAGAGAAAUAUGGCCCAAGAAAAUAACAUCAACAGAAAUCUCAUCCCGGUCAUACUAUGUUGGCAAUGUGACAACCCUGGUCAUACCUACCUAAAUUGUUCACACCCAAAACGUUUUCUGUUUUGCUACAGUUGUGGGAAAAAAGGCUGUACGACGCGCAAUUGCGAAGCUUGUAUUCUGCGAUGGAGGCAACUGGAUUCUCGGAACAACUCCAAAAACUUGGGAAACCGGAACAGGGAGAACCCGCAGUAAGGGACGUGGAAUCUUCCAGCAAACCCAAUAUCCCUUCAUUAAACGACAUCUCGACCUAUUGUAAAGUCAACUCCAUAAUAAUCGAUCCUGACAACAAAGACAACCGACCGUAUGCAGAUAUUUGCAUUCUUGGAAGGCGAUUACGUGGACUCCUCGAUAGCGGAGCAACCAGUACUCUC